AUGUCUUCAACCACACCAUCAAUCAUUAGCGACGGCGACACCGGCGGGAAAGAGAAGACCGCCCGGAGAAGCACUACGAGAUCAGCAAACACCGGCGGCCAGGUGAAGCAGCAGGUAUCCAAGCAGCUGGAAUCCAUGCGGGAGAAGCUAGAGCUCAGGCCGGCGCAUUGGCAGUCCUCUAUUGAUGGAGAGAAAACUAUAAGCACUCCAAGUGAAACUCAGGCAGAUACACUCGCGCCUAUAUUUCCAGUUUUAGAUAGUUCUCUUCUUCCAGCGAGGGUAGCAGAUGUUGAUAUUGCACUUGAGUGGAUGAUAGAACUUUUUCAUGAAUACCAUGCAAACUAUCAUCCGCACUUACCUAUAAUCAACCCCACGAUCCCAAUAGAGACGAUAUACACCGAGUCUCCUCUCCUCUUCAAAACGAUUCUCUUCAUCGUAACCCGGCACAAUGCCCAUUCAAUGUCUAGGGAUUUCCACAAACAGCUUGUAGAUCCGAUACGAAAAUCCAUUGCUGAUUUAUCAAUAAACCCAAAUAAUUCGGCUCUCGAUAUGGGUAUCCAAGCUCUCCUUCUCCUUGGUUCAUGGCCACUCCCAUUCGGCAAGCAGAGUGACGAUGGAAGCUGGCUAUAUUGUGGUAUUGCCACACAUCUUGCUAUGCAGAAUGGGUUCCACAGGCCCGGCUUUGCCCAAGAGUUCCGGGAGAAAUGUUUCUCUCGAGAUGAUCUAAAAGUUAGAACCGUGAGCUGGAUAGCCUGUUUCCUUAUCAAUUUCUCACUCUCUCUCAAGCUUGGCGUACCCUGUACAAUCACUCCGGACUUCACGAUUCGAAAUCCAUCCGUCGAGCUGCCUCCAAAGCUGAAGCACCAUCUAAUGAUUGCCACCGCCUGCUCUAAUUUCAUUCCAGCACUUUCCAAUAACCCCUUCAGUGCCACGGGUCUCAUUGAGCCCUCCUCCCGCUGGUCCCUUGUGCAGCUUUUUGACAGCGAGCUUGAAGCUCUCCUCACCUCAAACCCUUCAUUCCCUGAGAGCGAGAUCCUUCUGCUUACAAAUCGACUGCACAUCCAGACUUUUGUCAUGCAUGAGGAUAUCCAAUCUACCGUAGGGUCUUUGGAGACCUCAGGCGUAAUGAUCAAAGCUUUCCGCACUGCUGUAAAGCUUAUCACAGUCAUUUCCAGUGAGCGUAAGAAGGGAGUCUUACAAUAUUACCCAACCUAUAUCAAUCGCUCGCUGGUGUUCGCGUCCUUGUGGCUGCUGAAAUUAAUAGCAUUCUCACAUACUCGCGAGCCGUCACCACUACUGGAUACGCAGGCGAUCGAGACCGCGGAGAACCACAUAAGGGAAGCGUUCACGCUACUAGAGGGAUUCUCGGUGGUGGAUGAAGAUGAAUCAAUGAGAGCUGCAAAAUUUGUAGAGAUAAUUGGGGGGGGUGGAAAGAGUGCUAACGGGUGGUGGGGGAAGUCGGUGAGGAUGAGGAGCCGCAUGGGGUCCGGCCUGUAUUAUGACGCCAUCUGGGAAAAGAAGGAGAUUGAGAGAGCGGAGUUGAAGUCAGUUGGUACGGCAGAGGGUGAACAUGGAAAUGGUAGUGGUAGUCGUGAUGGUGAUGGUGAGAAUGGUGAGAAUACUAGUGCUAGCACUGGCCGAUCACCUUUCUGCAACUUCAACAUCAGUACUGACAAUGAGGCUGCAGAGGUACAAAACAACAGAGAUAUUCCGACGGUGGAGGUACAUCCACCUGAAGGAGCAACGUGGAAUUGGGCAGACUUGGAUGCGGUGCCAAUUGAUCAAAGCUUUUGGGGUAUGCUUGGUGAUCGUGAUGGAUUUGUGUCGUGGGAUAACCCAUGGGAUAUCUUUGGUUUAAAUCCUCCACCGAUAGAAAGCUGA